UGCUGGGGGCCUCUCUGGCUUGAGCUCAGCCAUGUUUAGGGCAGAAAAGAAGAGCCCAACUCUGGCAUCAGGGUGGCCUUGGCAACCCUCGUCUGGGAUGGGGGCUCACACCCUGGGUGGAUGCUGGGUGGAACCCGAAGUCUUGGCCUAGGUGCGGCAGGCGGGCCAGGAGUGGCCCAGCAGGUGGGGUGGGGGCUGGGAGUCACUCCUGCCCAGUGCCAGGCCCCUAGCAGGGAUACGCCCCACCCUGGGACGGGUGAGGCUCACAGGGAGGGGCCACGACCACCUCAUCCUGCCAGCAAGGGGCUCCCCGGGGAGCCCGGGACAAGAGCUGCCUCCCCAUCAUGGCGGGUCAAACAAUGAAGGAGAUGCAGGGACACACUGCCACCAAGCUAUUGUUCAAGGGAGAGAAAGAGGGAAGGCCUGGGAGACCAGCCCCCCUUGCCCUGGGCCUGCGGGCACUCAGGGACCCCCCUGCUGAGGCUCGAGCCCCUUCAGGCCUGUCUACCCCUCCUGGAGCUCAGCUAGGACCAGCCUUACCUGUCCCCUGCUCCUAGGACCAGAGGGAGAGAGCAUUAUGCGGGUGGGGUGUGGGGUUCCCUGGGCGCAGGGCCAGGGAGCCCGGUGUUUGGGGAAGGUUCCCCGUGGGUCUGGGGGAGCCGGAAGCCUGCAGUAACUUUGCUGUUCCAUGGUUGGUGUUACUGAGACUCAGUCUGUCUGCACUCUGGGAAAGGGGGCAGGGGAGCUCUGUGGGCCCCCUCUGUGCCCACCCAUCUCAGACACUGGGGAGGGCUCUGGUGGUCCUCUGUGCUCCCUCCUCCAACUCCCACCCCAUCUCUAGCAGUGGUGGGGCCUUCACUGGCUCUGGCAGCUGGGGUGGUUCUAAGAAUGGAAAUGCCUCGAGAGUGUCAGGCACCAGGAGGAGGUGGGGAGGAGGUGGGCGCAGCAGUGUCUGUGGCUCGGGAAGUCCUGAGGAGUAUUUGUUGUGCCUCGGGGGCCAGAGAAAGGGAGUGGAAGGGCCCCUUCCUUGGGGAUCCCCCAGGGAAUCCCCAGGCCCCAUCUGGACAAAGUCAGGGGACAGGGCAGGCAGGCAGGGAGCUGGUCUUGUCCCCCUGACCCGGACCUCCACUGAGGCUGUGCCUUACCGAUGGGGAAACUGAGGCCUUCUGGGGGCAACGAGCCCAUCAGGCACCAGGCUGUGGGGUGCCAGCUCUGUCUGUCCUCCUGGAGAUGCCCUGGGCCCGAGAUGUCAGCCUGUCUGGGCAGGAAGUGGGCCGAGGGGCCAUGUCUAAAUUGGAGCCGGGGGUGGAGGCUGGGUGGGACUCAGCCCCAAGGCCCCUCGCAGGUCUGCGUGGUGGAGGGCUGGGGCCAGCGCAGAGGCUUUCUCAGAGCCAGGGCUGGGGGCGGGCUGGGGAGCUGGGGCCUGUGGCUCCCCCCCCUCUCGGAUGAAAGGCUCCCCUGUUCCCAGCAGCGGGCCCACCCCUCCUCCCCAGGUGCCAGCGGCCUCCAGGCCACACAGCAGCAGCAUGAGCCUAGACAGGGGGACAGAGGCCCCUUAAGCGGGGAGCCAAGAAGGGAGGGCCUAGGUGGGGGAGAACUGUGGGGCCUCCCGUUCCCACUGACGCACAGUCCAGGGACACGUCUCUUUGGAUCCCCAGCUCCUUUGCAGGCCUCCCUUGCCACCGGGCUGGUGCCGGCUUGUUCAGAUUCUGGUGGGUCCUGCGGGUAGGGUCAGUGAGGAAGGGUUUGGGGGCUCAGGAGACCCCUGUGGUCCCUGGAGUGGCCGCACAGGUGUGAGGGCUGAGCUGGCUGGAGCCCUACAGGCCCUGUGUUGCCCAGUCCUGUAAGUGAGAGCAGGGUGGAAGCUCAGAGGGAGUGUCCCCCUUAGGGGGAAGGGUUCACUCCAGCACCCCCUACCUCUGCUGGCAGCGGCUGUCUGGGGGCAGAGGUGGCAGCGCAGGGCUGGCCGCCGGGUUUGUGGAGCUACGCACUGGCCACAGCUUCCAAGUUUGCAGAGGUGGGGGUAGGGGUUGGGCAUCUAGUGCUCUGAUCGCUCCCUUCCCCAAACGUAAGCCUCCGCGGGCCUGGGUGGGGAGGUGGGCUCUGCCCUCGCAGGUUCCCAACUUCUCUCGGCGGCCACGGCGGUAAGAAUUCUCCAGACACACGCGCACACACGCGAGGGGCGGGCCGUGCAUCGGUGGGUAGCUGGGGGCGCCUCUGUGACACCGCCGCGGGAGAGUAGGGGGACCGGGCGGGCUCCCGCGGGCGCACGCGUGGAUGGGGGCGUACUCGGGCGCCCUCUGGCAGGCGGGACGCGGCAGCGCAGACCCGGCCGUGGACCCGGUCCCCCGCCCACCCGGCUGUGUAGUCGCUGGACUGACGGCCUGAGCCGCGCCGCUCCGCGCGCAGCCGCCCGCCAGCCCGCCGAGCUGGGCCCUGCCCUCCUCAGCUCCGUGGCUCCGCCCGCGCGGCCCAAUUUCCAGGCGACUGUCUCCCGGAGACCGCGCGCUCCUCUCCGGCGCGAGGGCCCGCCUGUGCCAGGGGCAGGCCCGCCUAGGGCCGGCGAGCGGCUUGGUGGCCUCGGGGUCCCGGCAUCGCGUGAGCGCCGCCCCUCCGGGCUUCGGUUCCCGCGUCCGUAACCCGUAACCCGGGGGCGAGAACAGGGCCUCGGGGCCGCACAGCGCGCGAGCCCCUGGCGCACAGCUACGCCGGGUGGGCCUGACGCACUCUGGGCCCCAGCGCAGCGGGCAAGGUCCCGGGGUCGCUGCGAUGGACUCGCUGGCGGCACCCCAGGACCGCCUGGUGGAGCAGCUGCUGUCGCCGCGGACCCAGGCCCAGAGGCGGCUCAAGGACAUCGACAAGCAGUACGUGGGCUUCGCCACACUGCCCAAUCAGGUGCACCGCAAGUCUGUGAAGAAGGGCUUCGACUUCACGCUCAUGGUGGCGGGGGAGUCGGGCCUGGGGAAGUCCACACUGGUCCACAGCCUCUUCCUGACUGACUUGUACAAGGAACGGAAGCUGCUCAGUGCUGAGGAGCGCAUCAGCCAGACGGUCGAGAUCCUGAAGCACACGGUGGACAUUGAGGAGAAGGGGGUCAAGCUGAAGCUCACCAUUGUGGACACACCAGGCUUCGGGGACGCCGUCAACAACUCUGAGUGCUGGAAGCCCAUCACCGACUACGUGGACCAGCAGUUUGAGCAGUAUUUCCGAGACGAGAGUGGCCUCAACCGCAAGAACAUCCAGGACAACCGUGUGCACUGCUGCUUGUACUUCAUUUCCCCUUUUGGGCACGGGCUGCGGCCAGUGGACGUGGGCUUCAUGAAAGCCCUGCACGAGAAGGUGAACAUCGUGCCCCUCAUUGCCAAAGCCGACUGUCUCGUCCCCGGUGAGAUCCGGAAGCUGAAGGAGCGGAUCCGGGAGGAGAUCGACAAGUUUGGGAUCCACGUUUACCAGUUUCCUGAGUGUGACUCGGACGAGGACGAGGAGUUUAAGCAGCAGGACCGGGAACUGAAGGAGAGCGCACCCUUCGCUGUCAUCGGCAGCAACACGGUGGUGGAGGCCAAGGGGCAGCGGGUCCGGGGGCGUCUGUACCCCUGGGGGAUCGUGGAGGUGGAGAACCAGGCACACUGCGACUUCGUGAAGCUUCGCAACAUGCUCAUCCGUACACACAUGCAUGACCUCAAGGACGUGACAUGCGACGUGCACUACGAGAACUACCGAGCGCACUGCAUCCAGCAGAUGACCAGCAAACUGACGCAGGACAGCCGCAUGGAGAGCCCCAUCCCCAUCCUGCCACUGCCAACCCCCGAUGCUGAGACGGAGAAGCUCAUCAGGAUGAAGGAUGAGGAGCUAAGGCGCAUGCAGGAGAUGCUGCAGAAAAUGAAGCAGCAAAUGCAGGACCAGUGACCCCACCACAGCCCCACUUUUCCAUGGAUAUACUGCCAGUUUCCAGGCUGGCCCUUCCCACCCCUGGACCCCGACUGGCCUGGACUCGACACCGGAUUCGUCUGGAUCGCUAACAGGCCUGGACACAACCCCAAUUGCAGAGUGGCCCAGACCUGGACUUUUUCCUACUGUUCCUGAACUGACCCAGAGACGCGGGGUCGCAGCCCCCAGCCAGCCCUAAUUUAUUCUCAGCAUCAGCCCCUCCCGUCAUUUGUGUCUGCUUCCAAGGGGCCUGGACAAUGGCCCCCACAGCCAGCCCUCUCUGGCCUUGGGGGAGCAGGAGCUAAGUUGAGUGGUGACUUCUGAGAUCUCCCCCCAACCCAGAAGGUCACAGCACUUAGAUUCCAGGCCCUACUCAGAUGGGCAGGUAAACCAAGGCAGAAUAGGGGAGCAGGUCCGCAGGAUCCUGGGCCUAUUCCCUGCCCAGGGCUGCAGAGUGAACUUGGGAGCCCUCACUUUGUGCUGAGGUGGGCCAGGUCCUUCUUACCUCCUCACCCACUCACCAGGUAGCUCAGCGGGCAGGUUGGACAGCCGAAGCAAUUAGGAUCUCUCCAGACCUUAGGAGGCCAGCUGGCUGCUGGGGAGGAAUAAUGGGGCUGCCUACGCCCCUCCCCCACGGCCAUGGCCCGGCUCCAGGAGCAGUGGGUGGUGGGCAAACUGGCAACCCCCAUCCCUGGACCACCCUUCCCUGUUGGUCGCUGGAGGCCUGUUCCCCGCAGCAGCACUGUUGCCCCGGGUUCCUGAGCCCCUGGUCCCCCAUCCCUCCACCCGCAUGAUCCCUGCCCCCAAGCCCCAUUCUCCAGUUUGUUCAGUUGUGAAUGCUGCGUCCUGUCCUGGUGACGGGAGAACAAUGUUGGUGAACGUC